ACCUCCUCCAACCACAUUAGUCUCAUCAUCUUCCUCCCCCGUCAAUCCAGUAAAGCAACCUUCACUCUCUCGCUCUCUCCCCUCUCUUUCUCUGCAUUUUUCGCGUUCACACACUCACUCACUCAAAACUUUGCAGUAUACAUUGAAGCAUCGCAGUCGCACUGUCUCCUCCGUCCAUUUCCCCUCUCUACAUUUCUCUCUCUCUAUGCCCCAACGUUUAGGGCUCGAUCGCGUUCAGAUCUGAGGCGAACCUGACCAGAUCCGAGCGGCAAUGGAGGAAGCAUUGGAGCUGGCGCGCGCCAAGGACACGAAGGAGCGGAUGGCCGGCGUGGAGCGGCUGCACGAGGUGCUCGAGGGCUCGCGGAAGAGCUUGAGUUCGGCGGAGACGACGGCGCUCGUGGACUGCUGCUUGGAUCUCCUCAAGGACAAUAACUUCAGAGUCUCGCAGGGGGCUCUGCAGGCUUUGGACUCCGCUGCCGUGCUCUCCGGCGACCACCUCAAGCUCCACUUCAACGCACUCGUCCCCGCCGUUGUCGACCGCCUUGGCGACGCCAAGCAGCCUGUCCGCGACGCUGCCAGGCGCCUCCUGCUCACUCUCAUGCAGGUUUCAUCUCCAACUAUCAUUGUUGAAAGAGCUGGGUCGUAUGCUUGGACACACAAAAGCUGGAGGGUUAGAGAAGAGUUUGUACGUACUGUCACAUCAGCAAUUGGUCUUUUUGCAUCUACCGAGCUUCCUCUGCAGCGGGCUAUUCUUCCCCCGAUUUUGCAGAUGCUUAAUGAUUCCAAUCCCGGUGUUAGAGAAGCGGCUAUAUUGUGUAUUGAGGAGAUGUAUGCACAGGCUGGGACUCAAUUCCGUGAUGAACUUCAGCGCCACCAUCUUCCAACAUCCAUGGUGAAAGAUAUCAAUGCCAGGCUAGAGAGGAUAGAACCACAAGUUCGCUCUUCAGAUGGACUUGCAGGUAAUUUUGCUGCUGGAGAGAUUAAAGCCGCAAGCCUUAAUCACAAGAGAAGUAGUCCAAAGGCCAAGAGUUCAUCUAGGGAGAUGUCUCUUUUUGGAGCAGAAGGAGAUAUCACAGAAAAACCUAUAGAACCUAUUAAAGUAUACUCAGAGAAGGAGCUAAUACGCGAAAUUGAGAAGAUUGCUUCUAUCCUUGUACCAGAAAAAGAUUGGUCUAUCAGGAUUUCUGCAAUGCAGAAAGUUGAAGGCCUUGUUUCUGGAGGUGCUGCUGACUAUCCGUGUUUCCGGGGACUCUUGAAGCAACUUGUUGGCCCUCUAAGCACACAAUUAUCUGAUCGGAGGUCUAGCAUAGUGAAGCAGGCGUGCCAUCUAUUAUGCUUUUUGUCAAAGGAGCUGUUGGCAGAUUUUGAGGCAUGUGCAGAGACGUUCAUUCCAGUGCUUUUCAAGCUGGUUGUGAUCACUGUACUUGUAAUUGCAGAAUCUGCAGAUAACUGCAUAAAAACGAUGUUGCGUAACUGCAAAGUUCCCCGUGUGCUCCCUCGUAUUGCCGAUUCUGCAAAAAAUGACCGCAGUGCAAUACUCCGUGCAAGGUGUUGUGAAUAUGCACUAUUGAUAUUGGAACAUUGGCCUGAUGCGCCUGAAAUACAGCGAUCGGCAGAUCUUUAUGAAGAUUUUAUAAGAUGUUGUGUUGCAGAUGCAAUGAGUGAGGUACGAUCAACUGCAAGAAUGUGCUAUAGAAUGUUUGCAAAAACUUGGCCAGAGCGUUCCCGGCGGUUAUUUUCAUCCUUUGAUCCUGUUAUUCAAAGGAUAAUAAAUGAAGAGGAUGGAGGCAUACAUAGGCGACAUGCUUCUCCUUCCAUCCGUGAUAGAGGUGCACCGACUUCAUUUACCUCUCAAUCAUCUGCUCCCUCAAAUCUAUCUGGAUAUGGAACAUCUGCUAUUGUUGCAAUGGACAGAAGUUCAAGUUUACAGUCAGGGACAUCACUGUCUUCUGGACUACUACUGUCACAAGCAAAGUCACGUAGUAAAGUUACUGAACGUAGUCUUGAAAGUGUGUUGCAUUCUAGCAAACAGAAGGUCACUGCAAUUGAAAGCAUGCUCAGAGGUUUGGACUUGUCAGACAAACAUAAUUCUUCAAUGCUCCGAUCAUCUAGUUUGGAUCUAGGAGUUGACCCUCCAUCAUCUCGUGAUCCACCAUUCCCUCCUGCUGUCACAGCUUCUAAUCACCUGGCAAGCACUUUAAUGGCUGAAUCAACUGCCUCUAGUAUCAGUAAAGGUAGUAACCGAAAUGGUGGCUUAGUUUUUUCUGACAUCAUCACCCAGAUUCAAGCUUCCAAAGAUUCUGGUAAAUUGUUGUCUCAAAGUAAUGUGGCAUCUGAGCCAUUGCCAGCAUUUUCAUCAUACUCAGCUAGGAGGGCUUCUGAAGAGAUUAAUGACAUGAGGGAGGCUAGGCGACUUAUGAACCCCAACAUUGAUAGGCAUUAUGUUGAUACGCCUUACAGAGAUGGAAACUUCAGGGAAUCACAGAACAGUCACAUUCCCAAUUUUCAGAGGCCGCUUUUAAGAAAGAAUGUUGCUGGACGGAUGUCUGCAGGCAGGAGAAAGAGUUUCGAUGACAACCAGCUGUCACUUGGGGAGAUGUCAAAUUAUGUAGAUGGUCCGGCAUCACUUAGUGAUGCUCUGAGUGAGGGACUCAGUACAAGUUCUGACUGGUCUGCUAGGGUUGCAGCUUUCAAUUAUCUUCGUUCUUUGCUGCAGCAAGGCCCAAAAGGUAUUCAAGAAGUAAUCCAGAAUUUUGAGAAGGUAAUGAAGCUGUUUUUCCAGCACUUGGAUGAUCCCCACCAUAAAGUUGCACAAGCUGCUCUCUCAACACUUGCAGAUAUUAUUCCAUCUUGCCGAAAGCCGUUUGAGAGUUACGUAGAAAGGAUGUUACCCCAUGUUUUCUCACGGUUAAUUGACCCAAAGGAGUUAGUUAGGCAACCAUGUGCUACAACCUUGGAAAUUGUAAGCAAAACUUACAGUAUUGAUUCUCUCUUACCUGCUUUGCUCCGCUCACUGGAUGAACAGCGAUCACCAAAGGCCAAAUUAGCUGUUAUUGAUUUUGCUAUCAGUUCCUUUAACAAGCAUGCAAUGAAUCCUGAAGGCUAUGCCAAUAGUGGUAUUCUUAAGUUAUGGCUUGCUAAAUUGACUCCUUUGGCCCACGAUAAAAAUACUAAGCUGAAGGAAGCAGCUGUUACGUGCAUUAUAUCUGUUUACUCCUACUUUGAUUCAACAGCCGUCCUGAAUUUUAUUCUUAGUUUAUCAGUUGAAGAACAAAAUUCCUUGAGACGAGCCCUUAAACAAUAUACUCCUCGCAUUGAAGUGGACCUAAUGAACUUUUUGCAGAACAAGAAAGAGCGACGACCGAAGUCUUCUUAUGAUCCAUCUGAUAUUGUUGGAACAUCUUCUGAAGAAGGAUAUAUUGGUGCAUCAAAGAAGAGUAAUUUCUAUGGAAGGUAUUCUGCUGGUUCCAUUGAUAGUGAUGGUGGGAGGAAGUGGAGUUCUACCGGAAAUAUUGGCCAAGCAGCUUCUGAUGAAACUCGGGAAAACUUGUAUCAGAAUUUUGAUACUGGUUCUAAUGCUGAUGGUCUUUCUUCCAAAACCAAGGAUAUGUCUUACACGGUCAAUUCUGCAGGUCAGAACUUGUGGUCUAGCCGGCUAGAAAAUGUUAACAAUGAUGUAAAUGGGGAAGGUUUGUCUACUCCUCAUCUGGACGUUAAUGGUCUGAUGAGGUCAGACCAGUUGGCGGUUGUAGAAGUCUUGGCCCAUGCUAAUGAAGCUCCGACUGAGUUGGACCUUAAUCAGUAUAAACCGAAAGCUGUAAAUAUUAUUGCUAUGCCUGAUGCAGGACCAAGCAUUCCUCAAAUUCUCCAUCUGAUAAGCAACGGGAACAAUGAGAGCCCUACUGCAAGUAAGCGCGGUGCACUUCAGCAGUUACUCGAAGCUUCCAUGGCUAAUGAUCACUCUAUUUGGUCUAAGUACUUCAAUCAAAUUCUGACAGUUGUACUUGAGGUGUUGGAUGAUUCUGAUUCCUCUAUUCGGGAACUUGCUCUUUCAUUGAUUAUUGAAAUGCUUAAGAACCAGAAAGAUGCAAUGGAAGAUUCCGUUGAGUUAGUGAUUGAGAAGCUGCUUCAUGUUGCUCAGGCUAUUGUUCCCAAAGUUUCAAAUGAAGCAGAGCACUGCCUGACUAUUGUUUUGUCUCAGUAUGAUCCUUUCAGAUGUCUAAGUGUUAUCGUGCCUUUAUUGGUUACCGAAGAUGAGAAAACUCUUGUUACUUGCAUAAACUGUUUGACCAAGCUCGUGGGUCGGCUGUCUCAGGAGGAACUGAUGGUUCAGCUACCCUCCUUUUUGCCUGCUCUUUUUGAAGCAUUUGGAAAUCCAAGUGCGGAUGUUCGUAAGACUGUUGUUUUCUGUCUAGUGGAUAUUUAUAUCAUGCUUGGAAAAGCAUUCUUGCCAUACUUGGAGGGGCUUAACAGCACACAACUGCGGUUGGUCACGAUAUAUGCUAAUCGAAUCUCACAGGCUAGGACAGGCACUUCAGUAGAUGCUGACCAUGAUUAGCCAGUUUGAUUCUCUGAAGGAUGAUGUUGUUGGUAUUGGGUGUUGUCUUAUUCAUUGUUGUGUAUUUUGUAUAUGUGUGAAGCAUUGCAGAGGCGGGUUUUCUUUUAUUUUUUCUAUUUUUUUAUUAUAUAUUUUCCUUUUCUUGUUUAUUUGUUUGGGUGGUUUUCUAUUGAAUUUGUACUAUUGUGCAGCUAUUGUAAUAUACAUUUUUAGAACAC